AUGGAGCGGUUUGAGAUGGCCUCCGUCCAUUCAGUCGAGCGCCCUCAGCUGGAUGUGGCGACCAAUGGCUGCCAGGCAUCUUUUCAUAAUGACGACGACAGCGAUUCAGAAGAACUUCAUUCAGAUCGCGUUGGCCUUCCGCUCGUCCUGCUGGAGCUGUCCAGAGGCAAAGAGAUGCUGGAGGCACUAAAGGGCUUGUGUCUGGACAGCAAGCGCAGUAAAAUCCUGCAGAGGCUGGAGUUGUCGCUGGACAUCCUCACUGGCACCAUUGAACGUAUCUCCAACACGGCCGAGUUGCUUGGAGCGGUGCACCAGGAGGCUCGUGUGAGUCGGGCAGUGGAGCUGAUGGUGGCUCACGUGGAGAAUGUGAGGAGGCGACUGGAGCGACAUGAGGCGGUGCUGGAGGAGGCCAAGAAGUUGAUCCAGCAGCAGAACUCCUGCAGGAGCAUCGAUGACACUGGAGCUCCUCUUGAUCUGGAUGAAAGUGACAGCUGGAAGAAAAGCUUUCAGCAGAAUGGCAGUCGCCGCAGAGUCAGCGUGUCACUGAUUCCAAGUGACAUCCAGCCUCUCCACAAGGCAAAACGCGAGUCCAAGAAGCGGGCCGCUCAUGAGGAAGCUGACCCGAGCCAUAAGUUGUUCCCCGCCUGCUCAUCUCCCUGCUUGAGCUCGGCAUCCAGCUGCAGUGGCCUCAACAAGGACGACAGCUGCUCGGUGGAUGGCAGACCACUUGAUCUCGACGAAGUGUCUGCCGCUGCGCCUCACUCGGGGCCACCUCCCCAGCCGUCUCCCAUCCCAGAACGCUCUGUCCCGUGCAAAGCAACUGCUGGUGGAAGGGUGCCGCACAAGAGUUGCGCGCCGGACACAACAAGGCAGAGGCACAAGAGCAAAGCUUCAUUGGCAAAGAAAAAGGCUGACAAGGAGAAGAAAAAGUCCAACAUCUGCCAGCGGAUUUCUGUAGAUGGCUCGUCCUGCAGGCAGCGCCGUCAAGCCCGCCAUCGCUCACUGCUUCUCUGCGUCUUUGUGUUUCUCUCCUUCAUCACCUGGAUUUUUCUCUUUGUGUAAGAAUUUUUCAAGGUAAAGAGAGGAAAUAUACUUUUUCCAAUAAAUACGUUAAUACUUGGCUCUUU